AUUUUAAACAAAUUAUAUCAUAUAUUUCAAAUAAUUUCAUAAUUUGAAAUGGAACCCACUUUGUCCACUCAUAUUUUAAUCUAAACUAACUUCUCCUUCUUAACCACCCCUUAUUUUCUGCCGGAACAUUUGAUCAAGAUACACUUCAUUUCUCACUUUUUUUCGAAUCUGAACAUUUUAAAUAAAAUUUCACAAUUUUUCAUUACAUUCACCAAUUUCUAAAUGAAUUUUAAUACUUUGUUAAAUUGGUAAUUCCAUCCAAUAAUUUUAAAAUAUUUUAAACCUGUAAAAUAGUAGUAAAAUUGGGUAAAAAGUAAAGAUAACAUUUAUCAAAUUUUUAAAAUAAUUUUAAAGUAAAAUAGUUGGUAAAAAAUGCUGAAUCGCCGUCCUAAAUUAGAAGAUCUGACUGACAUAUCCACAGAAUGCAUAGCUUUAGCAAAGCAGCAUCUGGAAGUGAUAAAGUCACUCACAGACGUAAAGUCAAUGUACAUUCACUGCUACCAGCUGAUGAAGCUGGGAGGCCUUGAGGCAGAGGUUCCUCGACUGGUGGUAUUCGGCCAGCAGUCGAUGGGUAAAACCACCCUCCUCGACUUCAUUAUGGGAGGACCAAUAGGCUACUCAAGUACUGAUACAGGCACCAAGCAGCCAGUAUCAAUCAUCAUGAAGCCACUCACAACACUAAACAGUAUUAAGCAGUCACUCCUAGAAGAAAAACAAGGAGGAAAGGAUAAAGGUGCCAAAUUGGGAUAUAAGGACUCAACCGAUGGAUCUAAUGACUCACUGAGCUCUGAAGCUAUGUUAAUGGAUGUAAAACUGGGUAAAACCGGUGAAGAAAUCCUGUUAAAUGAGGCAAACUCGAUAGUUUGCAGAUUUAAUGGACGUUUCAUGACAAUUCACGAGGUUCAAGACGCAAUGAGAGUCCAUAUGCAAUCGCUAGGUCAGACAAUAUUAUCCGACGAACUGGAAGUUGAAGUGUAUGUGCCAAAUGCACUCUACGCCAUCUUCGUUGAUCUCCCAGGUAUUAAAGAUGACUCGAAAGUAGGAGCUGAACUGACCAGAAACGUUGUGAGGAACUAUGUCUCAAAUAACCCAAAUGACCUUUACAUUCUAGUGAAAAAGGCCAGUGAUGAUCCUAGUAACUGGCCAUGGUCGUUGAAGGAGUUUAUAACAUCAUCUGCACCAGCAGGACUGGGCCUAACUCCACAACAGACAAUGGUCGUAGGUACCAGAGCAAAGGAAUUCUUGAUUAACGAGAAAACAGAUAUCAAAACCCACGAAGAACUGGUUGAAAGAGUAUAUAAAAGAGGAGUAAUUGAUUCUAAAGGCCAAAUGCUCCCCUUGCACCUCCUUGAAUUGUUCUCCCUAUCAAUCCAGGCAAAAGAGAGUGGCGAUUUCCUUAGCAACAGAGAUGAGAUGAAGGCACAAAUUUCAUCAUCCCAACGCCAAAUAUACGACCUUCUGAUAAACUCUUUCAAUGGAGCAUCACUUAAUACUGAAGAGGCAAACCGUCUACGCGAUGAGCUCUUUAACAUUUUCAGCAUUGACUCUUUCUUGAAAACACUAAAUUACAAGUUCCAGCACCUAAUGAACAACCAACUUAAUAACCUGGAACGCAGACUAGUGAGAAAGAAGAUAGAGUUAGAGAGACAAAUCGCAGUCAUGGAAGGGAAACUGAACAGGUUUUCACCCCAAACACUCAGAGAAAGCAUUAAACAGUUUAUACGCCAGUUGAUAGAAGUGGUGCACAACAUGAUAACAGGUAACUACACAAUAAUGAAGUUGCCAAUACCUGCUGAACAGUUCCUUAAAAACUACGGAGGUAAUUUGCAAGAUAACCUGCAAGACGGACAUGAAUUGGCCUUGAACUUGUUCCCAAUGCCUGAGAUGUAUGACCCUGAGUUCUACGCCAAGAUAACCAAGCGCACAGAAAUACUGUACAAAAAGAAGUUGACAAUGAUGGACUCCAUUAAACCGGGUCGUUACGUACGUUACUUCACCUCUAAAAUCAAUUCACACAUGUUUGGCCUCAUAGAGCCACCAUCACGAACUAACCUCAGCACCUCAACUACUAGCAAUAGUGACAUAACAUUUGACCUCCUCAACAAAGAAUACUCGUCAGAUGAAUCAAUUAACGUUGAGUUUAUCCAAAUAAACAACGGAGUCGAAACAAGUUUGCACAAGAAUAUUGACCGUAACAAGCUUGUGCUUCUAACACCACUACCAAGUGUAUCCUUGGAAAGGUUGCAAGUCCCACUGUAUGCCUGGCAUAAGACCCAAGCAUCAACAGGUUGGGUUCUGGUGAGACCAAUAGUGAUUGAUAGACUUCCGCCAGAAAUACUCAUCCAGAAGUCAAAUUACCGCGAAGUUGAUAUCGCCAAUAAACAGAUCUCAUUCAGAUACCUGGACGAUUCAGGUGCACCCACCGGCCCCUCAGGAUACCCAUCCGACAAUCUUAACUCGUACGGCGAUAGUGUGAACACUGGUACGGCACAACACUCCAACUCAGUUGAAUAUAACAUGGAAACCAGUGCUAUGGACAAGAAGGACGAGAAGAAGUACAAGACCAAACUUGAUAAAAUGGACCGCAUGGAUAAGUUUGACAAGAUUGACCGUGGCUCCUCAGAUAAGUCUGACAAGUCCACUGAAAAGUUGGACAAAUCAGUUGAUAAGCCAGACAGAACGACCAAUGACCGUUACUUGUACUUUACAAACUGCAGUGAAAUAUACCUCGAGGACAGAACUUCAAUGCCCUAUUACAAUAGCGCGCUGGAGAUGGUCAGUGGAGAACAUGCAGAUAGUAAUUUGCUGAACCAGCUGGCCUUCACUAACAUCAGUCACUGGCUCAAGUUCCACAUUAAGCACAUGGAGCCAGAACAUGUAUAUACCAGUGGAGUUUUGUACCAAAUGUUGAGAAGUAUUCAUCACGUUGUGGAUAGGGCUGACUGGGAACCACUGGUUGCCGAUUUAGUCCAGAGUAACGUAAGAGGCACCUUACUUCACGCUUCAAGACUCAGUGCUUGUGCUUGUGCAGCAGCACUGAGACGUGUUCUCAGAGCCUCACUAGAAGAAGUGUUCCGCUGCAUCAGAAUUAACGACCUCGACCACUCGUUGUUGGGCCUGUCGGAAAGUCUUCACUUCCAAGAACAAAUUGACCAAUUGUCAGAGGAGUUCUGCAGACAGAAGGCGCUUGAGUGCAGCAAUGACAUGAAAAACUUGAUCCUUGAACAGACCUAUUCAAUCCAGUUCGACGUGGCAGUUGACAUCUUUGACAGCUGCAACGAGUUUGAGAAGUACUUCAUCAACACGAACAAGUACAGAGGCCACAUGCAGGAGUUUUUGAAUAACGUUAAGGAGAACAUGGCCAUUAGGAAGAGGAGACUGGCAAUGAACGAUUUAUUUGAAAAGGGAGACACCAAGAACUCCAUCGAGUUGAUUUAUGAGGAGGUCAAGGUCCAGUUCUGGGCCACCAAGAUGCUCCUCUCAUCUCCACUUACCUCCAAGCUUUACUCCCACUUUAUCAAAAACGUUCUUGAGCGUAAACAGGUGAUAAAUGAGGACCCUGCAAUUAAACUCGAGGCCGAGUUUGAGGAGUUUCUGCAGAGCAAUAUCUUGUACGAGCUGGUCGACGGUAACUUGGUGCCCAAGAAUAACGCAAAGUUGUCCAACGACUAUGACUUGAAUGUCAAGUUCGACAGGUUUGUCGAAAAGUACAACAAAACCAAGAGAAUUUUGGAAUACGUAACAUACGCCCUUGAGGGAAUUACCAAAUUCAAACAUCAUGCACACAAUGAAGAGGUUGUUAACUUCCUAUCACACCUCACCCUGUAAUAUAUUAUACUAUA